CACACUUCUCACACCUGAUCUUUAUUGUGUGAAAAAAAAAUUCUCAGUUCUGUACUAAUCAGGUUUGAUGCGCAGUCGUCCACUUCUGCAUUUUGUGAUACAAAAUGAACACCACUAUCAAACAACUUGUUAACAGCACUGGCAGUCUGUCGACCAUGGCCACAACCAUUGCUGCUAUCAAUACUUUCAGGAGCCUAAACGCAAGUCAACCCACAGAAGGCAUAACAGGCUCUACAACAGCAUCCUUCACCAUUAUCAGCCAAACCACAGAAGAUUACUAUGACUAUCCUGAGGAAGGCUUUGGGAUUUGUGUGUAUGAGCGUCAUGGGGCCAGUUUUCUUCCAGCCCUCUACAGCAUUUUCUUCCUCCUCGGUCUUCUGGGGAACUCUCUGGUUGUCUGGGUCAUCACUUGUGGGGUGCGUCUCCGCAGCAUGACCGACGUAUGCCUCCUAAACUUGGCUGUUGCUGACCUUCUGUUAGUGUGUUCCCUUCCCUUCCUAGCUCACCAAGCCCGGGACCAAUGGCUGUUUGGGGAUGUUGUGUGCAAAAUGGUCCUGGGUAUUUAUCACAUUGCUUUUUACUGUGGAAUCUUCUUCAUCAGUCUGAUGAGCAUUGACCGGUACUUGGCUGUAGUCCAUGCUGUUUAUGCAAUGAGAGCACGGACAAGGUCCUUUGGAAUGAUCGCAGCUGCUGUUACAUGGGUGGCUGGAUUUUUUGCUUCUUUCCCUGAACUGAUCUUUCUCAAACAACAAGAGUUUAUUGGUAAUACGUCUCAGUUCUGCUUACCUGAAUACUCCCCACCUCUUUCACGUGAAACUGAUUUCACAGUCUCUCAUUUCUGGAGACUUUUCAGCCUUUUUAAAAUGAACAUUUUGGGUCUAUUUCUCCCAGUUGUUAUCAUGGGUUUCUGCUACUCACAGAUUAUCUGGAGGCUACUGUAUAGCCAGUCAUCAAAAAAACAGGCCAUCCGGUUAGUUCUCGUGGUGGUGGCUGUUUUCUUCUGCUGCUGGGUCCCCUAUAACAUUGCCUCAUUUUUCAAAGCACUGGAGCUAUUGGGCAUAUAUUCAGAAUGUGAAAGCAGCAAAGCCAUCAGAUUGGCUUUACAAGUCACUGAGGCCAUUGCAUAUUCUCACAGCUGCCUCAACCCCAUCCUAUAUGUCUUUGUAGGGGAGAAAUUCAGAAAGCACCUGUUGAGGUUGAUAAACAGGACUCCUUGCAGACUGUGCCAGAUGAUCAAAGUCUGCCUUCCUCAAGACAGAAUCAUUGGGUCAGUCUACUCUCAGACCACCAGCCUGGAUGAGAGGAGCACUGCUAUGUAAAUUGGGAGAUGUUUUGUGUGUGUGUGUGUGUGUGUGUGUGUGUGUGUGUGUGUGUGUCUAGGACAUGUUUUGUGAUAUCAAAAAUAAAUACUUCUAGGUACUUCUCACAUUGUAUAGGCUAUUUUGUAACUGCAAGUGUCUUAGAAAAGGACAUGUGACUAUAAAUAUAAGAACGUACAUAUGACUACAUAUCAGUAGUCGUACUUUCACAAGCCUGAUUCUAUGGUCUCAUGAUGUUGUGUGUGUGUAUAUACUGUAUAUAUAUAUUACCAUAUAUUUUCAUACUUUUAUACUUUCAUAAGUUUUAUAGACUAUAUUAGAAUGUUUGAUGGAAUGUUUGAAAGUACUGUAAACAUGGUUUGGGAUAAUUGAGAUUGUUUAAUGAUUGUAUCUGCACGUGCAAUUUUAAGGCAGAAAUUGUUUUGAAUUCAAUUUUGUUUUCCUUUUUUAAAAUCAUGUGCUACUGGCUGACUAUGAGUGAGAAACCGUCAACAACAACAGCUGUCAGUGCGAAUAUAAGAAGCCACAGAAAGCUAUUUCCCCUUAAUCAUCAGCCACCAACAACAAGAAGCCUGAGCCAUACUUGGACACUGACCAUUUCGUUGUGUUGAUUUGGAGGAAACAGCCUCACAAAACAGAUAUUAACUUUUAUUUGCAGAUAAUGACGACUCUCAUAAGUUUUGCAUCAGUUUUGCUUGUAACAAACUGUUGCACAGCAAAAGGUCUGGUGCUGGUGCUAUAGGUUUCAUAGCAUCUAUAGCAGCACAUCUGCACUUAACCUCAACCUCGAGAAAACCACAACUUUAAAGAGGAAGUACAAGCUGUCAGUUGUAUAAAGGUGUCAGCGCUGCACCACAAAUGAGCAUUUAACAGUCAAAUUUUUAAAAAUUCUGAAUUUAAAGUAUGAUGAUAUGAUACAUGCAUUUCAAUGUUCACUUUAAGAUAUUCCCUUAUUAUGUCAUCCCACUCUAUAUUCUGUCAUGCAGACUGACUAACGCAUUUGAUAAAAAAAUAAUCCAACAUCUCAUCCAUGUUGUUGUUGAACUACAUUUCCCUUGGAAAUCAGCAGGAUAGCUCAUUACAUAUGCUCAUAGUGAUUUGAUAUUGCACUUAAAGGCCCAUAAACCCCAAUGUUUAAUCUAAUCUUAUGGGUCAAAGCCCAUAAAGACCAAAUCCUUUAAUUCUCCUAAUGCAGUUACAUAGUGUCAUAUAGUGCUCAUAUAUUUUUAACUCCAUGUUUGUAUCUUUACUGAUUUCUUAUUAUAAUGUUUUUCUUUCUGUUCAGUUGUAUUUGACUAUUUUGAAUUAAAGCAUCAUAUUGG